AUGUACAGAGGCAACAAUACCUCAGUAGCCGUGCAGGCGGUCCACGAGGGCAGACAUGCAGUCGGGGUUGGGCCCAGUUUCCAGUCUCUCAGAACUGACUUCAACAGCUUGGAGAGGCUGAGGAACAGAACACGAUACGUUGCCAGGAGCUGUAAAGAAACAAGGGACAGAUAUAACCAACACGAAGAUGGUCUGUACUACCUGACUACGACCAGCGGGGUGGUGUACCAGACCUUCUGUGACAUGACCACAGCGGGCGGCGGCUGGACCCUGGUGGCGAGCGUGCACGAGAACAACAUGUAUGGGAAGUGCACGGUGGGUGACCGCUGGUCCAGUGAGCAGGGUAGUAACCCCAACCGGCCAGACGGAGAAGGGAACUGGGCCAACAGGGUCACCUUUGGAACAGCAGAGGGCGCCACCUCUGACGACUUCAAGAACCCUGGGUAUUAUGACAUCGUGGCGGAGGACAUGUCUGUGUGGCACGUUCCCAACAACUCUCCUAUGGAACACUGGAACCUGGCGUCCGUCCUGCGUUACCACACAGAGAGACGCUUCCUCACCCUGCACGGAGGCAACCUGCACCAACUCUUCAAGACCCACCCGGUGAGAUACAAUGUGGGGUCUUGCAGCAACAGAGGACCAUCCGUUCCUGUUGUCUAUGACCAUGGAGACACAGAAACCACCAGACAGCUGUAUGGACCCAGCUCAAGAAGUGAGUUUCAACCUGGCUUCAUCACGUUCAGAGCCAUAAAUUAUGAACGAGCAGCCAUGGCCAUCUGCUCUGGGGUCAAACCAACUGGCUGUAACACUGAACAUUACUGUAUAGGUGGUGGUGGACACUUCCCUGAGGAUGCUCCCAGUCAGUGUGGUGACUUCACUGGCUUUGACACGAACGGUUACGGGACCAACACAGGCGUUAGUGCGUCCAGGGAGAUCACCGAAGCUGCUGUCCUGCUCUUCUACCGUUAAAUUCCAUCCAACAACCGUUUACUAUGUUCUAUACACUGUAAAGAAUACACCUUUAUUGUCCAAAUGAACCAACCAUUCCAUGAUAUUGAAUAGAAAACCAACCAUUCCAUGAUAUUGUAUAGAAAACCAACCAUUCCAUGAUAUUGUAUAGAAAACGAACCAUUCAAUGGUAUUGAAUAGAAAACUAACCAUUCCAUGGUAUUGUAUAGAAAACUAACCAUUCCAUGGUAUUGAAUAGAAAACUAACCAUUCCAUGGUAUUGAAUAGAAAACUAACCAUUCCAUGGUAUUGAAUAGAAAACUAACCAUUCCAUGGUAUUGAAUAGAA